UUUUCAAGAGGGAAAAGGCCUCUAUCACGUGACAAAGUUGGAGACGGCUUCAACCGAGCAUCGACGAAGCAGAGGCUGCAUAAGGCGGAUCUUGGACCAGUUCUACUACUAAGGAUGAUCGUUGAUUUAGGACAACAACCGACCCUGGUUCAUAGCUUGGUGGGAGCAAUCGCACCAUAGCUCCAUAUAGCUGAAUUUUGACGCGGUGCAGGGAAGUGUCAGAACGUAAGAGUGGUCUAAAGUGGCAGACCACAUAAGGCCUUCGACAUGGGAGCUCUUGUGUCUCGGUGGAGGGCUAAACCUUCUACUGUAGAGGUUUUGGAAGGAAUAGAUAAGGAUAUACAGACUCUUGAGGAAUACAGAGAGAAGUACCAAAGACAGUUGAAGAUAUGGGUCGGCAGACUAAUUUUUUAUUCAUGUCUGCUGUACCUAAUCGCCUGCACAGUUGUUUACCUGUGGUACCUUCCCGAACAAGCAAUGGGCCGCCUUAUAUUGUCACUCCCCUUUUUAGUAUUUCCAAUAUUAAUAUGGUUCCUUCGAAAGAUGCUGAUAGUUCUGUUUUCAAGUAGAACAGAAAAAAACAAUGAGAAGUUGGAAGACUUGAAAAUACAGAAAAAGAAAAUACUUGAAGAGGUGAUGGAGACUGAGACUUAUAAAAAUGCCAAAUUGAUUCUGGAGAGAUUUGAUCCAGACUCCAAAAAGAAAGCUGAGCUGGAACCCAUUCCCCUUGGACCUCAGAUGACUCCAAAACCUGGCCAAGAGCUGCGUCAGCGCCAUGUCACUCCCAGGCCGUCUCCGGCCAUGGCGCUUCCUGCGGGCAGCGCUGCAGCCCGGCCGCCCCUCGGCCCCGGGCCCACCCACGCAGGCCCGACCCCCCUCUCCGCUCCAGGUGGGCCCCCUGAGAGGAGCCUGUCUACUGGAGCUGCUCAGCAGAGCCUGAUGAGGAGGCCCGUGACCCCUGGUACACCUGUUCCAGGACUGGGGAUGCACCCUCCAGGCCCCCCCCUGGCCCGGCCAGUUCUACCCAGGGACAGAGGUGCUAUGGACAGGGUCAUUGAGUACCUUGUCGGGGAUGGACCUCAGAAUAGAUAUGCGCUCAUAUGCCAGCAGUGUCUGUCCCAUAACGGCAUGGCAUUAAAAGAGGAAUUUGAAUAUGUUGCCUUCAGAUGCGCGUAUUGUUAUUUCCUGAACCCGGCGAGGAAGAUCAGACCCCAAGCUCCCCGACUCCCUGAGAUCAGCGCCGAGAGGAAGCUGUCGUCCGAAGCCCCCGCGUCAACACCACCUGCCACUGACGCAGAUGAUGGGCCCCUGGAUGCAGGCGUGGGGCCUCUGGAUGCAGGCAUGGGGCCCCUGGAUGCAGGCAUGGGGCCCCUGGAUGCAGGCAUGGGGCCCCUGAUUGCAGAUCCAGAAGAGACAACGCUAGCUGCCCCGCUUGCGGAGGAGAGCCCGACCCCAGAAGGCAGCCCUGAGCCAGGGAUCCCGGAGCCCCAAGACGUGCCCUCGGAGAAGUCCGACCCGGAGCUGGAGGUGUCCGCCAUGGAGGUGGAAUAGCGUGUCCGUCACUUCAACACGUCAGUCAUGCUGGAGCUCGCUUGUGUGAGCAAACCUUUCGUUUUUCUUUUCUUUCCUUCCUUCCUUCCUUCUUAAGGGAAGUUUAUUAUGGUUUAAGUAAACAUCUGUUGUAAAUGAGAGCAGCAGAAUAAUGGGCCAGUGGUUGGCUGUCUCCCCUUGGAAGGGGUGCCUCAUUUCAGUUCUUAUUCAGCUCUUUUCAUGUCCUUAGAAUAGUAACAAUGAACCCAACUGUACUGUAUGAUCAUCGAAGUGAAACCCAACAGCCAGAAGGAGUCUACUUAACUUUUCGUUUACAUGCUCAAUACUUUCAUGUCCUACACUAGCACUUCUUUACAAAAAUGGACGCUCUUUAUAGCAUAAUGUGAUACAAUUAGUUUUAUCCUUUUGUGUAGUUAUUUUUUGCCUACGGAAAAGUCAUUAGCUACUGUAUAGUAUUCUUGUCUCACAGAAUGUCGUCGUAUAUCCAUGUUGUUUUGUCAAAUGAAAUGGGUUUGGUGUGAUAUAAAAUGCUUGUAUUUAUAGGAAAUUAUAUUUAUAGAUAGUUUCUCCAACCCAGUGCCUUUCAGAACAGUAUUAUAUAGGUUUGGGUAUUCCCAGGCUACAUGGAGCUAGCCAUAUGUUUACACAGUAAUGGUACUGCCAUAGGAGUGCUGGUUGUUACUUAUGACUGAAUACAGUACAGCUUGGUACUAGACCUUAGUGCCUUUGACAUGUUUCAUGAAUGGAGAUGGAAUUAAGAAAGACAAUGAACUCUUAGCAUUGUAGGCUACCUAUGUUUGUUUGGUGUGUCAAUGCCAUAUUUCUUCUUAUUGAGAUAUUUAAUAAAGUUAAAAAAAUAGCCCUGUAUUUUU